AUGCGAACUCGAUCGAGUCGGUCAACUGAAGACUUGGUCGAGCUAGACAUUACAACGGGUAGAAAGAGGGUUCAGAGGUCACAGAGGGUACAAGAGGAACCUGAGGUGCUUGUUGCUGAUACAAUGGAUGUACCAGAGGGGAAUGGAAACCCUUUGGGUAAUGGACUCGGUCGAGCUAGGCAAACUCGACCGAUUGGUCAAGGAGAUGCUCCAAACCGCCACCAACAGAGACAAGGGAUUGUUCCACCACCAGUGCAGAACCACAACUUUGAGAUCAAGCUGGGAAUGAUCAACCUUGUCCAGAACAAGAUGUUCCAUGGAUUGCCAAGUGAAGACCCCAUUGACCACCUUGAUGAGUUUGAUAGGCUUUGUGAUUUGACAAAGAUCAAUGGUGUCUCUGAAGAUGCCAUCAAGCUGAGACUCUUUCCUAUGUCUCUAGCUGACAAAGCUCACCAAUGGGAGAAGAGCUUGCCCCAUGGCACAAUCACCACUUGGGAUGAAUGCAAGAAGGCCUUUCUUGCUAAGUUUUUCUCCACCGGUCGCACAGCCAAGCUUAGAGGAGAGAUAUCCAGCUUCAUCCAGCGAAACAAUGAGACAUUCGCAGAGGCUUGGGAGAGGUUAGAUGUAGAUGAUGGCUGGCAACUUGUGGAGUACCAUAACUCAAAUGGAAGCUAUGGAGAAGAGUAUGAUCGCACCAACCGGAGCUCGACCCACCACUCGAUCGAGUCAGACGAAAAGUUGAGAAAAGAUGUUAAGGCAUUGAAUGAGAAGUUGGAUAAGCUGAUCCUAGCUCAGUCCACAAUGAAGAAAGUCAACUUUGUGUCUGCUGAGGAGAUGGAACCAGUCCAAGAAGGGGAGGAUACACAAUUUGCUGAGGUGUGCUACAUGAGCAAUGGGCAAGGAGGUUACAACAAAGGAUACUAUAAUUACAAGUCCAACCCUGCCAUGUCAUACCGCAACACUGAUGUGGCUAACCCUCAGGACCAAGUAUAUCCUCAACAACAAGCAGCUCGAUCGAGUCAGGUGCCACAACAUGGGCUUUCCCCCACCAACCGCCCCAGCCUGCACCUUCACAAGAGAAUGAGCUCAAGCAAUGCUAGAACUGAGCUAAAACUACUUCAAGGGCAAGCUGAUGGGGUAGUGGACACAAGCAAGAAGCUAGCUGAAAUAAACUCUAAGAUCGAGAACCUCAACACAAGGGUUUACUCUCUGGAGAAUCAUGCUUCUUCUGUUGCUGCUGCUACAAAGCAAGGACAACUACCUGGUAAAGCUAUUCAGAACUCCAAGGAACAGUGCAAGGUCAUCUUCACUCAAGAAGGACAUGUUGAAGAAGAGGACCAAGAAAGGGUCAUUGAUGAUUUUUGUUUACUGCUGAAUGAUGAUGAAGAGAUUGUUGCUGCUGAGGCUCCUGGAGUCCAAAUUGAUCAACCAGAAGUGCAUGCACCUACUGUGGUCAUUCACACUUCACCAGUUGAGCUCGCACGACAAGCUCGAUCGGCAGCUCGAUCGAGUCCAACUCUAGCUCGAUCGAGUCCGACCUCUUCUGCCCGACAGCCUGUUUUGCUUGAUCCUUAUCAACCGGUUGCCGCUUG